AUGGGAAGAGGAAAGAAGAAAUCUACAGCUAUGGAGCCAGAGCCAAAUGAUCAGACUCAGUCUUCCUCGUUACUUCACGUCGAGUCGGCUCCAGGACCAUCCCAGCGUUUUAGUAAUCGGGCGAAUAAGUAUCGAGCCAUGCAAGGCAAAAUACAAGCCCUACGUGACAAAAUUAAUCAGAUGAAGCAACAACAGGAGCAGCAGUCACGUCUCGUUCAGGAAACCGUCGGGCCUGUGGUGGAAGUUGAGUCUACACCACGAAGUGUGAGACCAGAAGGAUCACAACAUCAAUCAGUCCGACUACAAGAUUUAGUCCAGAACCCCCCUCUGACCCAAAACCCAGUUCCGGCUAGGAAUCCCACGACUCAAGCUCCGACACAUGCUUCGGGGCCUAAAGAGUCAUUGAAGAACUUCAUCGCCCGCUUUAAUGAGGAGGCACUACGGGCGAAGGACUAUGAUGACAAAAUGGCGCUCUCCACCAUGUUUGGCAGUCUAAGAGAGGGGAAAUUUACCUUCUCCAUUGGUAAAAAUCCGCCAAAGACGUUGGCUGAGCUCGUCACCAGAGAUCAAAAAUACACUAAUGCCGAGGAGUUCUCCAACUCCCGUAAAAAUGUUCAAGCAUCAGAGCCACCAACAAAAGGGAACAGACAGAGGAACGAAGAACCCCAGUCGUCCACCAAGAAGUCAGACGACUGCGCUCAUCGUGAUCGUCGUCCGAGUAGGAAGCCUGAGGGCAGAUUUCGUUCCUAUACUCCCCUUAACACAUCUACAGAGCAAAAAUUACUAGAUAUCAGGGGUCAAAAGCUCCUGAAUUGGCCUGAAGAGAGAACAGCUCAGAGAGAAGAGCAGCCUAGCAAAUCUGCAGAAGAACUGGUCGAAAUUCGCACCAUCUUCGGCGGUUCAUCCAGUAGAGGAGACUCAAACAUCGCCCAUAAAGCCCACUCCCGGAAGUCCGAUCCGAAGCAUUACGUCCACAUGACUGAGCGGCCAAGGAAAGAGCUCCGAGUCAAUCUUGCAGGCUUGACCUUCACGGAAGAUGAUACACCCGGAAUUCAACAUCCGCACGAUGAUGCCCUGGUGGUAACUAUGACCAUAGCCAACCACAAGGUGUACCGCAUCCUGGUCGACACCAGGAGCUCAGCUAAUGUCAUCUACUUGGAGGCUUUUGAAAGAAUGGGGAUUCCAAAGUCAAACUUCAGACCUGUGAAGAGCCCUUUGCAUAGCUUGGCCGGAGAAAUGGUGAUCUCCAAAGGAGCCAUCUCCCUCCCUAUGACUGUGGGAGAAGGACGGCAUCAAGUCACCCUCUUGGUGGACUUCCUUGUCGUUAAUGUGCCAUCAGUGUAUAACGUCAUCCUGGGGAGACCUUCCCUCAAUGCAAUGAGAGCGGUCGUGUCCACAUACCAUCUAAUGAUGAAAUUUUCCACCGAAGGCAGAGUAGGCUACCUCCGAGGCGAUCAACGCGAGGCUCGGAAGUGUUAUGCGAUAGCAGUGAGGAAAGGGUCGGUGACAUAG